GGCUCUCGGGUUCCCUGCCCCAGGCCGGAGCCAGUCGGUGCCCCGGCGGAGAGACCUGCAGCCGGGCUCCCCGGCCCCGGGCUCCCUCCGGCUGGGGCGGCCGGGGCAGGGGGACAAUGUCUGCCCGCGCCCCGGGGCCCGCCGCUCGCUCUCGGGGGGAGCUGUCCUCGGCGGCUGCUGAGAGGGAGUCGCUGUCGGCCGCGGCGAGCCGGCAGGCCGAGCAGCUGCCCCCGCCCGAACGGGAGGGCAAGGAGGCGGCGAGGGAGGAGAGGGCCGCGGCCGCCACCAGCGCGGGGGCGCGGGGAGAGCCGUCGCCGGCGCCGGUGCUCGGGCACAGCGUGCCCCAGGCGGCCGUGCCCGUGAGGCCCCUGGCGCUGCACCUGGCGCACAAGACGCGCGGGCCGGGGGGCCCCUUCGGCGGAGAGCCGCCGCCACCGGCGUCGCGGGACCCGACGGCCAAGGACGCCCGGGAGAAGGAGGCGGCGGCCGGCCCUGAGGAGAAGCUGCGGCCGCCGCCGCCUAAGGAGAACCCCUGGACCAAAAAGCCUCCCCAGCACCUGUCCCCCGCCGGGACGGGGCCGCCACCGCCCCCGCCGGAAAGCCUGGAGGCAGAGCUCAGUUCCCCAAAAAUUAUAAAAGCAGGAAAACUCAAGACAAAGAAAUCCAACAAGGCUAGUGAUUUCAGCGAUAUGGCGAAUUGGCCAACACCAAGUGAAUUAGUGAACACUGGAUGUCAGAGUGUCCUCAGCCAAGGAAAUAAGAAGCCACAAAAUAGAAAAGAAAGAGAAGACAAGGUUGAAAAGAGAAGUAACAGUGAGAGCAAAGAAGGCCAGGAAACAAAAUUAGAUGGUCCUGGUGAAAACGUCAGCGAGGAUGAGGCUCAGUCAAGUAAUCAACGAAAGAGAGCUAAUAAGCACAGGUGGGUACCACUCCACUUAGAUGAUGUAAGACCAGACAGUCAAGAAAGACCAGGAUCCCGGAACAGCUCAAGAUGUCAACUUGAAGCAAAUAAAUCAUCACAUAAUAAUAGGAGAAAUGAUACACGAAAUUGGAGGCGUGAUAGAGAAAAGAGAGAUGAUCAAGAUGAAGUUUCCAGUGUGAGAAGUGAGGGUUGUAAUAUUCGAGGUUCCUUUAGAGGCCGAGGAAGAGGCCGAGGACGGGGAAGAGGACGAGGCAGAGGAAAUCCUCGAGUGAACUUUGAUUAUUCAUAUGAUUAUCGAGAACAUGGUGAGAGGACUGAUCAACCAUUUCAAACAGAACUUAAUACGAGUAUGAUGUAUUACUAUGAUGAUGGUACAGGCGUACAGGUGUAUCCUGUGGAAGAAGCAUUGCUUAAAGAGUACAUUAAGCGCCAAAUUGAAUAUUACUUCAGCAUAGAAAAUUUGGAACGGGACUUCUUUCUUAGGAGAAAGAUGGAUGAACAGGGUUUCUUGCCUAUUUCCCUGAUUGCUGGUUUCCACCGUGUUCAGGCUCUCACUACAAACCUGAGUCUCAUUUUAGAGGCACUGAAAGAUAGCACAGAAGUGGAAAUUGUGGAUGAGAAAAUGAGAAAAAAAAUAGAACCAGAAAAAUGGCCAAUUCCAGGCCCUCCUCCACGUAGUGUGCCACAGACAGACUUCUCACAGCUGAUUGAUUGCCCAGAGUUUGUACCAGGCCAAGCCUUCUGUUCACAGACAGAGUCUGCCCCAAAUUCUCCAAGAAUUGGAAGUCCACUGAACCCAAAGAAAAGUACUGACACAAGUAAUCUUCAAGCACUGUCUAGAGGUUUGUCUACCAGUUUGCCUGACUUGGACUCAGAACCUUGGAUAGAAGUAAAAAAGAGACAUUGUCCAUCCUCAGUGAAAUUGAGGGAAUCAGCAUCUCUACGAGAAGAGGCAGCAAAUCAACUGUAUCCUCCAGAUGAAGAAGAACAAGAAGAACUUGAUUUUUUGUUUGAUGAAGAGAUGGAACAAAUAGAAGGACGAAAAAACACAUUUACUGAUUGGUCUGAUAAUGAUUCAGAUUAUGAAAUUGAUGACCAGGAUUUAAACAAGAUUUUGAUUGUAACUCAGACACCACCUUACAUGAGAAAACAUCCUGGAGGAGAUCGAACAGGCAACCACAUGUCUCAGGCAAAAAUUACAUCUGAACUUGCUAAAGUUAUCAAUGAUGGCUUAUAUUAUUAUGAACAGGAUCUGUGGAUGGAAGAUGAAAACAAGCACACAGCCAUAAAGCAAGAAGUUGAGAACUUUAAGAAGCUAAAUCUCAUUAGUAAAGAGCAGUUUGAAAACCUAACACCUGACCUUCCUUUUGAGCCAAAUCAAGAAGUUCCUGUAGCACCUUCACAGUCCAGGCAAGAUUUGACUGAUGAAUUGGCUCAGAAGCUGCUGCAUGUUUCAGAAAUAUCUUCAGCAACAGUGGCCCGUUCAUUGCCUGCAGCAGUUCCAGAAUCUCCUAGAAUUUAUCCUGCAGGGAUACCCAAAACACCUCGAACACCCAGGUUACAAGAUCCAAACAAAACACCAAGAUUUUAUCCUGUUGUUAAAGAACCAAAAGCCAUUGAUGUAAAGAGUCCAAGAAAGAGAAAAACAAGACAUAGUACAAAUCCCCCUCUAGAGUGUCAUGUUGGUUGGGUAAUGGAUUCCAGAGAUCAUGGGCCAAGAACAUCCUCUGUCAGCAGUUCAAAUGCUUCGCCUUCAGAAGGUGCACCACUAGUAGGAAGUUACAGAUGUACUCCUCAGUCAUUCCCAAAAUUUCAGCACCCAUCUCAUGAACUUUUGAAGGAAAAUGGCUUUACCCAACAAGUGUACCACAAGUAUCGUCGAAGAUGCCUAAGUGAGAGGAAACGCUUGGGAAUUGGCCAGUCCCAAGAAAUGAAUACCCUCUUUCGUUUCUGGUCCUUUUUCCUCAGAGAUCACUUCAAUAAAAAAAUGUAUGAGGAAUUUAGACAACUUGCUUGGGAAGAUGCAAAAGAAAACUACAGGUAUGGAUUAGAAUGUCUGUUCAGGUUUUAUAGUUAUGGACUGGAAAAAAAAUUCAGACAAGAAAUUUUUAAGGAUUUCCAAGAAGAAACCAAAAAAGACUACGAAUCUGGUCAGCUGUAUGGAUUAGAAAAGUUUUGGGCUUAUCUAAAAUAUUCUCAAUCUAAGACACAGUUGAUUGACCCAAAACUUCAGGAAUACCUCUGUAGCUUUAAGAGGUUAGAAGACUUCCGUGUUGAUCCCCCGAUUAAUGAGGAAUUUGGAAGAAAAAGACAUUCAUCUACUUCUGGUGAGGAGAGUAGUCGUCACAGACUUCCAUCUAAUUCCUCUAGGAAGCCACCAAGUGCUGCUAGGCCUACAUCUGCCAGUCAGCUUCAGGUCCCAGGAAUCUCCCAGAAGGGACACUUCAUAGGAGGCCAGUGACAAUUCACACCAGAACAGUGCUGCCUUGGUCUCAACAAAUGGUGAAAUGCCUGAGAAAUAGACUCUUACGAAAGUUGUUUGCCCUUGAAAUCAACAUUUACAUCAGUCUUUAUUUGGGAAAAAUCUUCUGAUGCUUAAUU